AUGGGAGAUGGGAUUUCAAUUUCAACAUCACAAGAAAUGUCAACGAUAACAGAAACUUCUUUAGCAGUAUCAACAACAGGGCCUUCUUCAACAACGGCAAAAGAAUCAACUACUGGCACUUCAAUAGCAGCAUCCGCAACAACAACGACAGCAGCAACAACAAAUACAACAACAACAGAAGCAACAAUAACAGCAACGAUAGCAGCAGCAACAACAACAACGACAGCAACGACAACAGCAACGACAGCAGCAGCAGCAGCAACAACAGCAACGACAGCAGCAGCAACAACAACUACAAGGACGGCAGCAGCAACAACAGCAACGAUAACAAAGACAGCAGCAACGACAGCAGCAGCAACAACAACAAAAGCAGCAGCAGCAGCAAAGACAGCAGCAGCAACACCAACUACAACAACAGCAACGACAGCUGCAAUAACAACAGCAACGACAACAAUGACAGCAGCAACGACAGCAGCAGCAACAACAACAGCAGCAGCAGCAAAGACAGCAACAGCAACACUAACUACAACAACAGCAACGACAGCUGCAAUAACAACAGCAACGGCAACAAAGACAGCAGCAACGACAGCAGCAGCAACAACAACAACAACAGCAGCAGCAACUCCAGCUACAACAACAUCAACGACAGCUGCGAUAACAACAGCAACGACAGCAGCAGCAGGAACGACAACGACAACAACAGCGGCAACAGUGUUGCAAUAUGCUGAAACAAUCAUCGAUAUGAUAGACGUCUACGAUCUAUGUUAUAAAAACUCGCGGCACGACAUCGCCCUUGUAACCACACAAGGCGCCCAUCUCUAUGACAACGCCGACUCCCUAACCACUGGAGCGUGCAAGAACAUGACGAUUGGUGAACUGUUUCCAGGAUAUCCCACAAUGCCAGAUGUAUCAACAUGGGCUGCUUUGUUGACAUACUACAAUACUUACUAUGAUCUAUUCACACAUUUUGAUGAUCGUGUAUUUCGCUGGACGCAGAAGAGCGGGGAUAUUGUUGAAUAUGCCGGUUAUCCUACAACCAAAAGCGACUACAUUCUACAGUCGCUGUACUACGGAGCAACAAAUAUCUUCAGUACCGUUAAAUGGGGAGUGUACAGGGGACAUGGGGCACAAGAGCUGUUUUUCGGGGAGUCAGGAAAGCCAGCGAUUUGGUAUUAUAGAAACCAGCCACCUCACGAAGGGACUUUUGAUAAAUAUGACAUUUCAGGGAAGGACGGAAAUCAAAAACCAAUAAAUCCGUGGUAUAACCUGCCAGACAACACGGUAGCCAUAACUGGUCAGCAAGACACAAACAGAUAUCUGGUCAUUGAUAGAGAGCUCAACGUGUACUUCUAUGACUUGCCUGACCCUGAUGAUUUUAAUACCAACCCCCCAGUGUGUAAUCUGAAGGGAAAACUCAAACUUUAA